AUGUCAAAACUAAUUUCAAGAUGGGCAGAUGACCCCGAAUUGGUGGAAGAAGCGAAAAAACAAGAUCAUUCAAAAUCUAGUCCAAACAAAUCACAACUUGAAGAUUCAAAAUGGGCAAGUCCAAUACCUUCUCAAAAAGGUAAAGCACUAGAAUCAAAAUGGGCUUCACCAGUGACAUCUGAAAAGGGCAAACCACUAGUCAGUAAAUGGGCCGAUGCACCUGAAGAGGAAGAGAUUAGUCCUACCAAAAAUCAAAAUAAACAUCCAAAGAAACAUACACCAAGAAAACAUAAUAAACAAGAAGAUCAUGUUGAGCUGAGUCAAAAGUUUGAGAGAAACCUACAAUUAGAGGACGAAGAAGAUGAUGAUAGAGUGGAAAUGAGUCCCGAAGCUAGAAAGUUUGCAUCAAGAUUGGGAAUAUCUACUGAUAAUGGGCAGUCUAGCGUGGCUUCAAAGCCAAAGAUUCAAUUCAAGAAAGAACCAAGAUAUCAACCAGAAUCCGAAGGUGAUGAAUGGGAGGAUGAAGAAGAGAAUGAUGAUGAAGAAGAAGAAUUAGAAGCAAAACCUGUCCCACCUUCAAAAGCUGCUAAAGAUUUUGCCUCAAGAUUAGGUGUAACAAUAGAUGAUAAAAAAGCGAUAAGGAACAAGAGAGAAGAGGAACGCAACAGGCUCAAAAAUGAACGUAUAAAUGCUCGUCGUGAAUGGGAUCAUGGUAAAAAUUCACAGACUAAACCAGAUCAAAAACCAAAGAAAGAAUCACCUAGAAAACAUGAUCGUUUUACCAAACCAAGAGCAGAACAAACACAGUCAAAACCAGAACCUGAGUAUUAUGAGCCGGAACCAAUGACUGAAGCUAAAAGAAAAGAGCAACAAGAACAUAUGGAGAGACUUGAUUAUUUCAUUGCCAACCAUCAAGAUCUUGAUUGGGCUGAUUUUGAUGAUGACGACUUUUAA